GUGGAGGUUUAACUCCCUCCCUUUUUUUUGUUGAAGAUAUUGAAAAGUGACGAAGUGAUUGAGUCAUUGAAAGACGAGAACGAGAGAGGGGUAAAAAGAGACGGGAAUCAUAAGAGAGUGGGGCUGAAAACCAGAGGGAAACAGUACACACGUGAUUCUCCAUUGCUUUUGCAACACUUGGGUUAUGUCCUGGACUCUCUCCUCAGAGUAGUACAACUCUGACAUCAGUACCGCCAAGGACCUCAAUCAAACCACAACUGGAGGACACCCUAAACUAAACCAGACCUGAAAUUCAAGCCACAGCUAACCAAACCUGCAUACUGAGCUGAACCAAUCUGCGCAGAGCACCAGAACAUGAAUUUAAUUGAUUCAGAGCUGGAGGCUGAUCAGGGGCAGAAUGCAACCCCUUUUUUCCCUGAUGGACCAUAGAAAGCAUCAUGUCUGGAUGCAUUACAGCCUUAGUAUGACAACAGCUCUGCCCAAGUCCACAAGAACUUGCUACAAAAACUCGACGCUGUUGAGGAAACCAAGGAUUGGACUCGUGAAGGAUGAUCUCAAGUUCCUGACAACUGCUGAGCCAAUGCCCACCACCAUAAUGGGGCCUGUCAACUUCACUGCCUAUGACACAGGGAGGGACAUUAUACCAGUUUACUGCUCCAUCCUUGCAGCGGUUAUUGUGGGACUUGUCAUCUAUGUUACCGUGAAAUGCUGGAACACAUGCAAGCAGAAGCAGCAGCUGGCCAAGGCACGGGCUGGUGAGCUCGACGGAGGAGGUGAAGGUGAGAAGCUGCACAGUGACAGUGGAGUGUUUGUUGACACACACAGUCUCUAUGAACCACAACUCAGCAAAGUUGUUCAUGCAGACCCAGCCCUUUACAGUAAGCUUCCACCACAGAAACGGGAGGAGAUUGAGCAACUACUUGAUGGCCCGGGAGCCAACCGAGCUGACUGGCGCAACCUGGCACAUCUCCUAGGCUACGAUGAGGAACGUGUGGCCACUAUUGGCCGAGGGGAGGAUCCGGCUCACACGCUGCUGUCUGAUUGGUCAAUGAGGGCUGAUGCCAACUUGGAUGUGCUUUGUAAGGCUCUGGGAAGGAUGGACAGGAACGACAUCAUAGAACGCCUAAAAUCAGAGCCAGCUGUGACUUCUGUAGUGUGAAGGAGAAGCCACUACCCAUUGUUAGAGACUGAGUGGGUCACCCUAAUUCAAAAGUCCAUCUUGUUCUUGCAAAUUUAUUUAAAAGUAAACCCCCUGGUUGUAGCUUGGACAUGAGGCAAUCCAUUAAUUGUAUAAACUGGAAAUCUUAUCAGUAGCCAUUUGUUUAUACCUGACAACUUAGCAUGAAAUUUGUGGGGAAAUUUCAUUUCUGUUGAUUUUGAGCAUCAUGCAUCCUGCACUCUGUUCCUCAGGCUGUGUGCCCUGCUCAGCCUCAUUUGGAGUUUUUUAAAUAUCUGCUCAAUUCCUCCUCUUGUACCAAUUCCCAUUUGUAGAUUCCUUGAACUCUCACCCUGCAAAGCCUCAUGAAAGUGCCUUCACUUGUCUGGAGCAGCAAGUUUUGGGAACUUUUUGGAGAGGCAACAUGGCCAAGCCAGUCUUCUCUGCUCCUGAUCUGACAAGGUGGGACAGACUCUUCCUGUCAGCUGAGGGAAAGGGAGGAAGAAGCUGAAUCACAGUACACUAUUCAGGUUUGGGAUUCCUCCACAUUAAAUUAAAUCUAACAAGUUAAUAUGGUUCUCUGGAUUCUGCAGGUAAUACCCAACUUGUCAAAGGAUGAGUUUAGGACCAUUCUCCUUGAUGGUGGUAUUCCAUAUUCAUAAAUCACAUUGUAUGGAACAAGAGUUAGACACUCAAAAUGACAACAACCUUUUGUGACUCCCUACAAAAUGGUUUCCUUCAAAUGGAAGUCAACACUGGUGCAUUAACCCACUAAGGUUAAGGAAGGGGAAAAUGGAGUCGGAGAUAUCUUCACUGUGGACUGUCUGGUGAACUAUUAGAGUAUGCAUUAAUUGGGUAUAGAGAGGCUUAGAAACUGUUUUGUAGCAUUUUCUUGACCCGGGGAUUUUUGGGUGGGGGAGGAGGGAGGGGUUUAACCGAGCACUGUUUGUGGAAGUUACAUAGUGCAGACUUCAGAUAUGAGGUUCCACAAAGUUUUUUGCUAGAUGUAUAAAGCUGCACUAAAAAUGAUAGUAUCAGCACAACAUUCUCUGUUAACGUGCAAGAAGUUCUUGCAGUUGUUGCAAGUAGCCAGCAUGUGCAAUUUUUUGCAGUCUCUGAAUGCCGGAACUUCUGAGGGGAGCCUGUGCCCAGUCUGUCUGCUCUGGUGAGCUACAGGAAAUGUAGAUCAAGUCUUACUCAGUUUGGAAUUUGAGUGUUCUAAUUUAGUAAUGAGCAGCGAUGUGGCAGAUAUCUUCACAAAUAGAAGCUAGGAAUGAUCCUGGGAAGCUGAGAAUGACUGUGACUCUAAAUAUCAUGGGCAUGGGGUUGUAUAAGGUCAAAUAUCUUGCAGUCUUUACCCCUUUUAAAUAUCAUUUUAGUGGAAAUGGGAUUAGAAAAACAAAGCAAAACACAAACCGCUGAGGAACUGGUGAGUAGGCAGCUGAAUAGAAAUGGACAGCUCAUGUUUCUGGUUAAGACCCCUCCUCUAGUACCAAUCUGGCUGAUCUGUGGAUAGAUUAGACAUGCUAGGUUGGAAAUCACACUGCAGAUGAAUGUGCUGCCCUACCAUUUUUGUCAUUUGGUGGAGUUUUAGCCAGCUAAGAAAUGCUAGGGAGAAGAAUCAAAACUUCAAUGAGAAAUGAGAUGAAUUUCCUGAUGUGGACCAAGGCACCCAGAAAAUGCCAACCUAGUUUUCUGCAGCGCAGUAGUUUUUUAUUUUGCAGUCAUGUGAGUCAAUCUAAAGCCUGAGUAAUUUGAGAGAGGGUAUUAUUAGUUGUCACCCCUACAUUGUAAUCCCAUAAGAUGCUCUAAGUCAUGAAAGGCAGUGUGAGAGAGAAGUGGAGGAGUGGGGAGAGUUGGUCUGUGUGAGAAAAUGUUCCUAGAGAAAACAGGCAGCAGUAUCAUGAGAAAUGGAUUAAUGUGUUAUUCUUAAAAAUCCAACUUAUUUGGCCGAAACCCACCUUUGCAUAUUCACUUCAGAGUUCAAAAUGAAAUCUCAUAUUGUAAACAGAUGCAAGUUUUCAGAGUCCAUGUGAAAUGAGUUCAAAUCUAUCUUGGAAUCUAGUUCCCAAUGGAAGGAACGUAGAUUUAAUCAACUGGGAUGACGUGUAAAACAGAAUACACAAAUGCAGAAGUUUCCAAGAGAAUCUGGUAUAAAUGUUGCCUGAUUCCCAAAGACAACUGUGUGUGAAACCCCAAAUGUAGCUUGAUCAAUGGUGGAUCUGUGGUUAAUGCUCAGCCCAUUGGAGAUUAUGGGGAGGCAUGCCUGUACUAAAGAUAAUUUCAGAGGAGAUUGUAACUUUGCUCAGCCUAAUCAUUGCUAAUGCUGUCCCUUUUGUCCUCUCACAAACUACAGCGUGCUGAGUAUUGAAACCUUCACCUAGAUUCAUACACUGUUCAGUCAAUCCAAAUAGUCAGAUCUAUCAAAAUGAUCCCUUAUUAAUUAAAACAGUUGUUGUAUUGAAUAAAAUGGCAGCUAAUGCCCAAUAAUGAAGUAUUUACUAAUUAUUUGUCAUUUUUUGAGGCAAUUUGUUAGCAUUAUUUGUAUUGUUUAUAUUUUUAAUAUUAAAUACUGGACAUAGGUAGAAAAGGCACAGCCUUGGAGAAGGAAGCUUUUAACUCACUUUUUUAAUGGAACUUGUACAAUAAAGAAAUGAACAGUGGGUUUUUUGGCUCUUGUUUCAAAUCGUCUCAAUGUGAUAUUGUACUGUAACUGUGUCAGUGCCUUAUGAAUAAAUUCAUAUCCUAAAUAAUCAAUUUUACAUUAUGGCAAAUAAACAU